AUGAACGCGCACAUUCCCUGCCGUGGCGAGUUAGCAAAACCUGCUUGUUAACCUCGGCGAGAAAUACAAUCUCGUGUCGCAUUUUCUUUUAAACUUCCUGUUGCAAGGAAUUUUGAUAAUUCAGAAGUCGAUUUUCGUACCAGGUUUUAUAGUGACUUUUAAUCUCCGACAGUGUACGAUGUAGUUACAAUAAAUAGGUGGAGGUGCGGAACACACAGCUCGUUAAUCUCUCUCCAUGCCCACUACUCAAUAAAUGCGGAUGUAGGCUGCUGGCUUUAAAAAAAGCACUUAAGGGGGCCGAAGAAUGUUGCAUUUUCAGGUGUUUGUUUAAAUUCACCGCACCAGCAACAACCUGUGUUCCAAGAGCUUGUGAGUAGCAAAGCCUACCACAAGUUCAUUUGAGGGGGGCAGCGCUUGUGCGUCUGGGGAGACGCAAUCUCUUGUUUUUGGGAAGAGAAAGAAAUACAAUAUCCGUAAAAUGGGGAGCACGCUGAUGGACUCUAAAAAGAAGGAUGUUGCGAAGAAGACGUCUAAGAAAAGGAGAUCGCUUCGGUUAAACAUGCCAGACCUGAGCUCCUUCGCCAUGCCCUUCCUGGAUGCUGACGCCGAGAGCGCUGACAAAGACAGCAUACGGAAGGGUGAGGGAAGCUGUCACUCAGCCAGCCCAAACAAAGGCUUCUUUACAAGGGGUCCGACGAGCCGCCCCCCAAGCCCCCGCUCUGCCCCCGCCAAGUCCAAGUACAGCCCUGGCUCCCCCAGGACCAUCUUUCCCUACCCCCCGCAUCAGGAGUCCCCGCCCAAGUCCCCCCGGCGAAUGAGCUUCAGCGGCAUCUUCCGCUCCUCCUCCAAGGACUCCUCCACCUCCAGCUCCUCCACCUCCCCCUCCCCCAUCAGCAUCAAGCUCUUCUCACGCACCAGAAAAGCAUCGGGGCUCUCCUCGCCACCUACAACUCCGACGCAAGUGACCAAACAGCCCACGUUCCCCCUGGAGGCCCCCAAGGCGGAGCCGGAGCGGCCGGCGGUGCGCAUGCGCUCCUUCUCCUCACCGUCAGAGGCUGGCCAGCGCCUGUCCCUGCUGUCCAGCAAACCUCCCAUCCCCUCGGCCAUCCCCAUCUCUACCUCACGGCCUGCAGGCGCUGCACCCAAAACACAGGUCCACGGUUUAGCUGAAGGCAUGCUGGAGAAACUUGAACUAGACGGUGAUGCUGUUGAAGAAUCCGAAAGUGAUAUAUACAUGCGGUUUAUGAAGUCCCACAAGUGCUACGAUAUUGUCCCGACCAGCUCCAAGCUAGUUGUCUUUGACACUGCAUUGCAAGUUAAGAAGGCCUUCUUCGCCCUGGUGGCCAAUGGGGUUCGAGCUGCUCCCCUGUGGGAGACAAAAAAGCAGAGCUUUGUAGGAAUGUUAACAAUCACAGACUUCAUCAUCAUACUACAAAGAUACUACAAAUCACCACUGGUACAGAUAUACGAGCUAGAGGAGCAUAAGAUUGAGACAUGGAGAGAACUCUACCUUCAAGAAACAUUUAAGCCCUUAGUAAAUAUAUCGCCCGAUGCAAGCAUAUUCGACGCCGUGUACUCGCUGAUCAAGAACAAGAUCCACCGGCUGCCCGUCAUCGACCCGGUCACAGGAAACGCACUUUACAUCCUCACGCACAAGAGGAUCCUCAAGUUCCUCCAGCUUUUCGUGUGUGAGAUGCCAAAGCCCGCCUUCAUGAAGCAGACCCUGGAGGAGCUGGGGAUAGGUACCUACAGCGACAUCGCCUUCAUCCACCCCGACACGCCCAUCAUCAAAGCACUCAACAUCUUCGUGGAGAGGAGGGUGUCAGCCCUGCCGGUGGUGGACGAAUCAGGGAAGGUUGUUGAUAUUUAUUCAAAAUUUGACGUCAUAAACCUGGCUGCUGAAAAGACCUACAACAACCUGGACAUCACGGUGACUCAGGCCCUGCAGCACCGGUCGCAGUACUUUGAGGGCGUCAUGAAGUGCAACCGGCUGGAGACGCUGGAGACCAUCGUGGACCGCAUCGUGAAAGCAGAGGUCCAUCGGCUGGUGGUGGUGGACGAGGGCGGCAGCAUCGUGGGCAUCGUCUCGCUGUCGGACAUCCUGCAGGCGCUGGUGCUGAGCCCAGCAGGCGCCAGCAGAAAGGAGAACGAGACAGAGUGACGCGGGACGCACGACGCUGCCGUUCGGGGACGUGGAGGCGGAGAGGGAUCCGGGCCCUGCUUCCCAAUCGUGCGCUUGGGAGAGGAAGUUUCGGGUCACUUCACCGGCGUGGGGGGUGGUCGUUCAGGACGGGAAGGGGGAGGGGCACUCUGCACUGGGGCGGGAGCUGGCCGAUACGCCUUUUCUGUGUAAAAGGAACAGUUACAGUGUACACGCCUCGCUAGGCUUGAGACGUCACUUUCUGGACUCAUUGGACUCCCUCUAAACAUAUGGAUGAGGACUGGGCCUUCAUUUGUCCUUAUGUUGAUUACACUUCACUGUUUACUUCUCAGAGUAAACGGCACGACACUUAAGUUUGCUGCAUCAUUCACAAAAGGUUGUUGGUUUAAAAGACAUUUAGAAUGUAGGAGGGCGGUCUAAUCUAGACUGGGCAAUGCUCACAGGCAGGCACUACAACCCCCACAAUCCUUUGCGAGGAUCCUGUGGGGCGGAAUCCAAAUUCACCUGAUGUCACCGUGCCAAAAGGUGAGGUCGCUGCGGUUUUGUAUCAUUAGUGCCUUGCAACUACUGAUGAUGGCCCCAUUUGUACCUGCUAGGGAAGAAGAUUUUUAGCUACACUAAUUAACUCAUGGGAGUUUUUAAAAUGCCAAAACACCAAGUAAAUUACUGAACUUCUAGCCUUUGUUUCAUUUUUUUCCCCUUUGAAUCAUAAUUUUGGGCCUGAGUUUCCUGAAAGAUGAGUUUUUGAAUGUGCUGUGAAGAUUGAGCUUUUUCAGAGAGAUUAUUUCUUAAUAGCGACUUCUGAAAAUGAU